UAGUGACAAGCAUUUUCGAGAGUACCAUUAAGUAUAAUAUACACAUCACCUACUUGUGUUUAAAACCAACUUCUCAAAGGGUGGGCUCAACCACACAUCCGCAAAGCCAUUCUUGAAUCGGCUAAUUGGGAAGAUUCAAAAUGACGCUUAUUAACAAGAUGGAAAUUGAUGAAAAAAACGCAAAGGGCGAGGGCUUCAAGCCAUAUUACAUUCAAAAGAUCGAGGAGCUGCAGCUCAUCGUAACUGAAAAGAGCCAGAAUCUUCGUCGUUUGCAAGCUCAGCGUAAUGAACUCAAUGCCAAAGUACGUAUGCUGCGUGAGGAGCUCCAACUUCUCCAGGAGCAAGGUUCUUAUGUUGGAGAAGUUGUCAAACCAAUGGACAAAAAAAAGGUCCUGGUCAAGGUUCAUCCAGAAGGAAAAUUUGUCGUCGAUCUGGACAAAAACAUUGAUAUAAAUGACGUGACUCCCAAUUCAAGAGUGGCCUUGAGAAACGAAAGCUACACACUCCACAAAAUCCUGCCCAACAAAGUUGAUCCUCUUGUUUCACUUAUGAUGGUGGAGAAGGUUCCAGACUCAACUUAUGAAAUGGUUGGUGGUCUUGACAAGCAGAUUAAAGAAAUCAAAGAAGUCAUAGAGCUGCCAGUUAAGCAUCCAGAGCUCUUUGAUGCUCUUGGUAUUGCACAGCCCAAGGGGGUAUUGUUGUAUGGUCCACCCGGUACUGGAAAGACUCUACUGGCUAGAGCUGUGGCACAUCAUACAGAAUGUACAUUCAUUAGGGUUUCUGGUUCCGAACUUGUCCAGAAGUUCAUUGGGGAGGGAUCACGUAUGGUCAGGGAACUCUUUGUUAUGGCUAGAGAACACGCACCAUCUAUUAUUUUUAUGGAUGAGAUUGAUUCUAUUGGUAGCUCUCGUAUCGAAUCUGGAUCGGGUGGAGACAGCGAAGUUCAACGUACAAUGUUGGAACUUCUUAAUCAACUGGACGGAUUUGAAGCCACGAAAAAUAUCAAAGUUAUCAUGGCAACCAACAGAAUCGACAUUCUCGAUCCCGCGCUCUUGCGUCCGGGUCGUAUCGAUCGUAAAAUUGAGUUCCCACCACCAAAUGAGGAAGCGCGUCUUGAUAUUCUAAAAAUUCACUCGAGAAAAAUGAAUUUAACACGUGGUAUCAAUUUGAGAAAAAUAGCAGAGCUCAUGCCUGGUGCUUCUGGAGCAGAAGUGAAGGGUGUGUGCACCGAGGCUGGUAUGUAUGCUUUGAGAGAGCGCAGAGUUCACGUAACACAAGAAGAUUUUGAAAUGGCUGUUGCUAAAGUCAUGCAAAAGGAUUCGGAGAAGAAUAUGUCUAUCAAAAAAUUGUGGAAGUAAAUGAGUAUUUCAAGUCCAUGCUAUUUUGUUAAUCGGAAUUUAAAAUGUAACACAUGUAAAAAAAAAAAAAAAAAAAAAAAA